CCGAGGCAACUACCAUGGAAAGGCUGCUCCUGGUCCAGCUGCUGAUGGUGGGGAGCACCUUAGCCCAGGUGGAGUCCUGCCCCUUCCACUGCGUCUGCCAAAACCUCUCCGACUCGCUUAGCACCCUCUGUGCCAACAAGGGGCUCCUCUUCAUUCCGGCCAACAUUGACCGGCGGACGGUGGAACUGCGCCUGGCCGACAAUUUCAUCCGGGCGGUGGAAGCCCCGGACUUUCUGAACAUGACGGGCCUGGUGGACCUCACCCUCUCGCGGAACACCAUCGACACCCUCCGGCCCUUUGCGUUCGGGGACCUGGAGAGCCUCCGCUCGCUCCACCUGGACAGCAACCGGCUGACGGAGAUCAGGGGGGAGGCCCUGCGGGGAAUGCUGAACCUCCAGCACCUCAUCCUGAGCAACAACCAGCUGGUCAAUAUCUCUGGGGCCGCUUUUGAUGACUUCCUCGCCACGCUGGAAGACCUGGAUUUGUCGUACAACAACCUGCGCAGCGUCCCCUGGGAGGGCAUCCAAGGCAUGUUCUGCCUGCACACCCUCAACCUGGAUCAUAACCUGAUCGACUUCAUUAUGGAGGGGACCUUUGACGAGCUCUAUAAGCUCUCGCGGCUGGACAUGACCUCCAACCGCCUAUCCACCCUGCCCCCCGACCCCCUCUUUGCCCGCUCCCAGAUUGGGGCCAUCAGCCCAACCCCCUACACGGCUACCAUCGUGCUCAGCUUCGGAGGAAACCCUCUGCACUGCAACUGUGAGUUGCUGUGGCUGCGGCGCUUGGCGCGAGAGGAUGACAUGGAGACCUGCGCUUCCCCGCAACACGUGGCCGGCCGCUACUUCUGGUCCGUGCCAGAGGAGGACUUCACCUGCGAGCCCCCCCUCAUCACCCGGCACACCCACAAGCUCUGGGUCCUGGAAGGCCAAAGGGCCACGCUGAGGUGCAAAGCCCUCGGAGACCCUGAGCCGGUCAUCCACUGGGUCUCCCCCGAUGACAAGAUCAUCGCCAACUCCUCCAGGGCCGUGUCGUUCCGCAACGGCACCCUUGACCUUUUGGUGACCACCAUCCGUGAUGACGGGGCCUACACCUGCAUCGCCAUCAAUGCCGCUGGGGAGUCGACAGCCACCGUGGACCUCAAAAUCAUCCCCCUGCCUCAUCGGGGCAACGGCAGCAUCACGGUGCUGCAGCAGCAGGAUCCGGGCUCCUCCGACAUCAGCACCUCGGCCAAGAGCUCUGCCAAUGCCACCCAGGAGGCUUCCGAGGAGAGAGUGGAGGUGCUGGCGGUGACUGCCACAUCAGCCCUGGUGCGCUGGCUGGCCAAUAAGUCCACCUACAUGGCCUGGAUGUACCAGAUCCAGUACAACUGCACUGCGGACGAUGCCCUGGUUUACAGGAUCAUCCCCGCCAGCAGCCAGGAUUUCCUUCUCAAGCACCUGGUGCCCAGCAUGGAUUACGACCUGUGCGUCUUAGCCAUCUUCGAUGACCUGGCCACCUCUCUGGCAGCCACCCACCUGCUGGGCUGUGCCCAGUUCACCACGCAGGAAGCCUACCCAGACUGCCAUUCGCUGCACGUCCACUUCCUGGGGGGCGCCCUGACGGUGACCGUGGGGGGCAUCAUCGUGGCUUCCUUGCUGGUCUUCACAGGCGUCAUGAUGGUCAAGUACAAAGUCUGUGGCAGCGUCCACGGGAGCCUGCCCAGGGUCAGCAACGUGCACUCGCAGACCAACGGCGGCACCCCAACGGCCUGCUGCCCCAGCGGACACCCGCCGCGGACCCCGGCCUCAGCCAAAGCCAAGCGCAGCAGCUCCCUGGACAUGGGGGACGCCUCCUCCAGCGCCUGCUAUGGCUACGCCAAGCGCCUGAGCUUCAUGUGGGCCAAGCGCAGCCAGUCGGUCCAUGGGAGGCUGGCACAGAGCACGACCCUCGACGAGGGCGCCGGCACGCAGCCCGGGCCCUUCCUCAACGUGGAUAAAUUGGAGGAGAGUGUGGUGUAGCCCUCAUGGGGGGAGGACCG